AUGGCUAAUCUACUGAACAAAUGCUUGCAUUUGAAUCUAUGCCGCCAAUAUGAAAUUAAAAAGUCAAAAAAAUUAAAAACCCAUUCAGUCCAAUUUGUUACCAGCAAUGAAUUUGUGGAAAUUCAAGUUGACACAAACUUUCCGACUGAUAAUGUUAUCCCAAAUAACAAGCCUGAAAUAUUUGUUCACGACAAAUCGAGCAACACAAUUACACUUAUUGAGGUAGGGAUCACUUCACAAAAUUGUCUCAAGAAUGUCGAAAUGAAAAAGUUCCACAAAUACGACUUGCUGGCAAAUCAAAUAGGGCCGAUCCACCGGGCGAAGGUGAAGAUCGUCCUUGUCGUUAUAACCUGGAACGGAAUAGUGUCAAAAUUUUUCAAAAACCAUCUGGCGGUGCUUGGCGUGGAGGACAGGGUGAAGGCAUACAUCCAGACACUAAUGCUGCGGAAGACUUUAGAGGGCAUGCAAGCCGAGACAAAGCACGGGUUAUCGAUACCUGUUGAAGAGGUAGCCCUGAAUCUUGAUUUCGUUUUGACAUGGAUCUUCUCAUCCAUUCUCUGA